GGGAGAGAGACGCCAGUCAUGGCCGGAUGAUUGCUGAACAGCUGUGCCAUGCCCUUUAGAGAAACCAGAAUUGCUGAAUAGAAAGACUAAUCAGUGUUAGCUGAGAUCUUUCCCUGAAUGAAUCCAAGUAACCCUGUUUGCUGCCUUCUGAAAUGACUAGGAGACACACAUCUGUACAGAGGCUGCCUUAAAGAAUAAACUGUGGUUCGAAAGUACCAUGUCCAGCCAAGAGAGUUCUGGGGCACUGCCUUCUACAACAACAGUCAGUUCUGUCGCUGUGCAGGCUGGGGACUCCAGGAUUGUCAUAGCUAUCUUGAAGAGUGGAAAAUGGGUACAACUCCAGCUGGCUGAAUCCUGUCCCAACCUUCUGGAAAUUGGCAGCAGCCAAGAUGAGACCAAGAAACUACUUGAGGAUCAUGAACUCCUCCUGGCCAAACUCAAGGCUUUGGAAGAUCGGGUAUGGGACCUGUUACAAGAGGCAGACAAGGCAGCAGAAGAGAACAAGGACCAGCAUCAGGUCUAUGAAGCUAUGGCUGAGACUCUGGGAGAUGCCUGGGCAGUCCUGGUCACUGUCCUGGAGAGGAGAAGAGAGCUCCUGAAACUGACUUCAGAAUUUUUCGAAAAUGCCCUGGAGUUUGCUAUUAAAAUAGACCAAGCUGAAGACUUCCUGCAGAACACCCAAGAGUUUGAGAAUGCUGAAUCCUUAAAAUCACUGCUUCAACUCCAUGAACACCAUUCUAAAGAACUCUUAGGACGUUCCCUAACCCUCUUAAACAAAAGUCAACAACUGACUGAAUUCAUAGAAAAAUUCAAAUGUGAUGGACCUAAUGUGAACCCUGAGUUGAUUCAGGGGGCUCAUAGCAGUUGCUUGAAGAUUGACAGCCUUCUUGAAUUGCUACAAGACAGGAGAAGGCAACUGGACAAGUACCUGAAGCAGCAACGUCAGGAGCUGGAGCAGGUCCUGCAAAUUUGCCAGUGGGACCAAGAGGAAAACCAGGUAACCUGUUGGUUUCAGAAAACCAUAAAAGAUUUACAGAAGCAGCACCUAGGUUCAUCACUGUCAGAAAAUGAAGAUUUAAUUCGUAAGCAUAAGGAACUGGUGUUAGCAGCAAAGGAAUGGAAUUCUGCUGUUGACAAACUGAAGAGUGAAGCCCUCAACAUUCUGCUGUCAGAAGACUAUGUGGAGAAAGAACACCUCCAGCUUUCAAACCAGAAGCUGAACCAGCUUCAAGAAGAGUUUGCCCACCUCAUGGAGAAAAGGAAGACCUUGUUACAAGAGGCGAAUGAUUUUUUUAACAGUGUUAACAAGGCAUUUGAUAUACUUGGAAGAGUUGAGGGUUGCCUUAAGCUCCUUAAAUCUGAGGGUUUAAGCCUGCCUGUCUUGGCAGUGAGGCAUGAGGAAUUACAUCGAGAAAUUAAAGACUGCACGGGGGAUGCUUUGCAGAAGGGACGAGUUUUAAUCAGCCAAGGAGAUUCCUGCAGCUCUCAGAUGGUUGGCAUUCAUGAAAUGAUGGGAUGCAUUCAGAGAAGAGUGGAUCAGCUAAGCCAGCAGUGUUCUGCUCAUAAGGAACUUGCUCUUAGGAAACAACAAUUAACUGCCUCAAUGGAGGGAUUCCUAAGGAAGGCAACAAUGUCAGUUCAGAAAAUCAGUCCAAUACUUUCAAAUAGUAUGGAUCUUGGCCCCGGUCUUUCAGAUUCAGAGAGAAUUUUGAGCAAAUAUCUGGAACUAGACAGUCAAGCUAAGGAGACAUCACAUGAAUUAGAAGCAGCAGUGAAAAUCAUGGAAGAAGAAGAAGACACAUUUGAGCCUGCUGAAGAGGCAUCCCUGUUUACUAAAGCUGCACUAAUAAAGGAAGAGCUGGAUAUGCUUGUCAGAAACAUCACCUCCAAGGUGCAAGUCCUCCAAACUCACGUGGCAUUUCUAAAGUCAUCAGAGAAGGUAGAAGAGCUGACUAGGAGCCUAAAGGAGUUUUUCAAAACUGAAUUGACUCAACAGGAUAAAGGAGAAACUCAAUUCCUAUCUUGCUUGGAGUCUCCCAAUAGCCAGUGGCAAUUGUUUUUAAAGGAGAGUUUUUCAACUCAAGACCUGGGGCUUGAAUUUCUUAAUUUAAUAAACAUGGCAAAUGAGGACAGUAUAUUAAAGGUGAAAAGUGUUAUACAUGUUACUGAGAACAUGAUAGAAAAUCAUAAUGCAGAAAGGGAGGAGCUCAAGAAUCUCUGGAUUGCACGACAGCUUCAGGUGAACCAAAUCAAAUCCAUUAAACAGCAGUGGGCGGCCUUUAAGGAACAGCUGAAAAAGACAACUCAGAACUUGAAACUUCUUCAGAAAGUGUUUACCCCAGUGUCUGCACUUGAUCUUGGAAGCAGCCUUCAGACUCUCUUAGAUCUACAAAAAAAAAGGAAACAAAUGAAGCCUCAGUUUCAGCAACUGGAUGCUGAGGUCUGCUACAUUCUAAAAGUAUUUGAAGUGCUAAACCUUGAAGGAGCCCCUGUAAAGGAAAAAACUCAACAGGUAAAGGAGCUCACUCAACUUCACCAGGAACAGAAGGAGAGACUUGAAGAUUAUGAGAAUAUACUGUCUAAGGCAGUCCGGUUCUAUCGAGUCAAGGAAGAACUGGAAAGUCUCACCAAAUCAGAAGUGGAGUUUCUUGAGCCUGUUCUUGAAUGGGAUGACGCCUUCAGUGCUAAAGUUCUCCUCUCUGGUUCUCAAGAAAAGCAGGCUCACAUAGAACAUCUUUAUAAACUGGCCCUGUCCUCGGGAACAGACAUCAUUUCAGCAGUGCAGCUACCAACUUGCUUUAAUAUUUCUGCAAAGACUGUCCAGCAGCAGCUCGAAAUACUCCAAGGUGACAGUAUGGCCUGGCACUCCAAAGCCGAUAAGUAUGAGGAGGAGCUGACCCACAUUUUACAGUACUGCUCUACUAAAGAAGAGAUAAAUGAGCAUAGAGAAUCAUUCAAAGAUAUUAAAAAGAAAUUUAACAAUUUGAAAUUUAACUAUUCCAAGAAAACAGAAAAGGCUCGCAAUUUGAAAGCUCUCAAAAACCAAAUUCAACAGGUGGAUAUUUAUGCUGAAAAAAUGCAGACUCUAAAGAAAAAAAUGGAAAAUUUUGAGAACAAAAUAUCCGAUUCUUUAUUAAAUUAUCCAAAAAAUAAAACAACAAUCCUUUUGGAAUCAAUAAAGGACUUGAAGAAACAAGUAGAUGAAUUUGGCAGAGUUGUGGAAGAUUACAAGAAGAAUUUGGAUCUGACUGAGCAUCUUCAGGAGUUGAUGGAAGAGUGUCAAUUUUGGUGUGAAGAAGCCAGUGCUACAGUUGUUAGAGUUGGGAAAUACUCCAUGGAGUGCAAGACAAAGGAGGCUAUAGACAUUCUUCACAAGCAGUUCAAUAAAUUUAUCAUGCCUACGGUGCCUCAGCAAGAAGAGAGGAUUGAGGAGAUCACUGCCCUGUCUAAACGCUUAUAUGGUCUGGAAGAAGGGCAGAAAUAUGCUGAGAAAAUAAUAACAAAACACCAAGAGGUUCUGGAAUCUGUUACUGAAUUGUGCAGCUCACUAACGGAACUUGAACAGAAGCUGGAGGAACAAGAGCCAGUGGCAGCUAUCUUGGUUCACAGAAGAGCAGAGGAGGACCAGUUUGUCCAGGAAGGAUCAUCUUCUGCCAAAGAGGACUCCCCACAGGCUCUGCUCCUCUCUGAAGAAGGACCCUCAGGGGAUGAAUCUGAUUGUGCCUCUCCAGAUGAUAUCUCCCUGCCUCCACUUCCUGGGAGCCCUGAAUCAAACCUCUUGCAAUCUGAAGUGGAGUUUGAGGAGCUGCCCAUGCAGAAUCCUCAGAGCCUGCACGUCAGUUCCUACAAUCUACAGAUGAAGAUCAAUGCCAGUGAUCCAAGGGGAACCUCCAAACCUGGUCCUUCAGUACCUGAUGCUUUUAUUUCCAAUUGCUGGAGGGAAGAAGCUUCAUGUCCAGAUGAGAGGCCUAUACCUCUCUCCCCAGGACACUGCCCCAAGUUCAAGGCUGAUGCCCCUUUAACUCCCCUGGAAUUCCUGGAAACAAGCACCACCAUCAGAAAAAUCCAUGCUAAACCUCCAGAGAGCAUGAUGAGUAAAGUGCAUGAAACAGGUUUGCAACAGUGCCACGAAGUUCACAAAAGCAUGCUUGAAACCCAAGAACAAUUGCAUGAUAAUAAUAACUUUACUAAAACCGAAGAUAGGCUGCAUGCUAACGCUGAUGCAUUCCCAGGUCUCCUGUUUCAGUCAGACACCAGCAGAAGCUCCCAGGUCACACAAGAAGAGAUUAAGAGUACAUCAGGAAAGAACAGCCAGGUCAGCCUAGCUGGUCAGGCACCUAACUUCUCCAGGCUCCUGUCUAAUGUCACAGUCAUGGAAGGUUCUCCAGUGACUUUGGAAGUUGAAGUAACAGGAUUUCCAGAGCCUACAUUGACCUGGUACAAGAAGGGCCAGAGAUUGACAGCAGAUGGGCAUUUAAAGGUUUUACACAAGGAGACAAAGCACACAGUGUUCAUUCAGAAGGUGUGUGAGACAGAUGCAGGCCUCUAUGUUGCUCGGGCCCAAAACACUAGUGGCACUCUCUCUUCCAGUGCCAUCCUCUACGUGACAGGUAACAUCGGGCCACCAAUCACGAGAAUAGACUGGAUAACGCUGUGUGUCAUCUAUCUUAGCGUUUCACUAAUGUAUUGGCUACUCACAUAGUAACUAGAGUAUUGACCCCACUGGAUGCCAUUGUCACAAGCUGAAAGGACAGUAAAUCUGUGUUCCUCUGCCACACCUCCCCCACCAAGGCCCCCCAUCUGCUUCUCCUCCUUCACUUUGGACAUAUUACUUGUUAGGUUAAUGUCACUGCUACAUGAGAUGAUUUAUUUUUCCUUUGUUGUUUUCAAUGUUUAUUUGAUGACUUUGGUAAAUUAUUUCAACAAACAGAGAUAUAUCUUGUGCUCUAGAAAGAGAUGUCUUCGAUGUAAUAAAGUCAAAUUAUAUCACGUUUAUUACCCUCCCAGAGGGACGUAGGUGCACACAGGUGGAAAACUCAGAUCAGCAUAUGGACGUGUAUGCAGUUUGAAAUCCAAUUUAUUUUUGAUCACUUAUUUAUUGUGUACAAUUAUCAACAUCUCUUUUUAGGGUGUAGCACCAGAAAUCAGUAGUCCAUGUCAUUUUCAUUGUCACACUAAUGUCGAUGCUUAUUUCUUGAUCUUGAUUUAUCAAAACAUCCUUUAUUUGUUUUUAACAUGGGUUGUGUUACUUAAUAAUCUAAGAGUUAUUACAAACAUAUUAUAAAUACCUUUUACUGUGUUUGAUCUGAUUUCAUGAGACCUAAUUAUCUAUUUGGUGUAUAGGUAUCCCACAAAAUUAAAAUAUGGUUUGGAGCUUAAGUUGGAGCUACAAGAUGAAACACAAGCUGUGCUUUUAAAUCACUAUACUAGCAAUGAAAGGACCAAGGACACAACACAGAGCCAGAAUUUCCUGCAUAUUGAUCUUGGCUCUGCUGAUGAUCAACUUCUACAGCAUUUGGGAACAUACUUAGCCUCCUAAUGUCUCAGCUUCUCAUCUGUAAAAUGGGUCUCAUUAUCUACCUCUUAGGGGAGCUGAGAAAUUUCAUUUAGUACCUUAUAAGGAUGUGGGAAACAAAAGGCAGUGUGUCAGUGUUAGAGAUAAUUAUGAUAUUUGUGAAAUGUUUGUGGCUGUGAAAUCUGCUGUUAUAUUCAUCUGUGUCUUGUCCACCAUAUCUCUGACCAGACCUCUCAUUUAAAUGCCCUAUUUAUUCUGACAUAUUUAAUUAAAGAGAAAGAUACUUUAUGUACAGUAUGUACAGAAUAAUAAAUGUGUUGACUCUGAAGUCAGAGAUCCUGGGUUCAAAUCUAGCCUCUGAGGCACACUACCUACUUUUUCAACUUCCCUGAGCUUCAUUUCCUCAUCUGUAAAAUUAGAUGGAUUGGACUAGAUAUCCUCUGAGGUCCCUUCCAGCUAUAAAUCUGUGAGUCUUUAUAGGACUUCAAACAAUUCCCACUAAAAAGAACCAAUGAUAUUUCCUAAAUUGGAGCAUAAAUGAAUUUUUUUUA